UGAGCUUUAUAAGCAGAGGCAAUAUAGGCAUCAAAGCCCCAUAACUUGCUCCAAACUCUCAAGUGUAUGAGAGAGAAAGGUUAAUGAUUCGAAAUAGAUAAGAGUGAACUAGAGUGAGAAAGAGAGAGACCCAAGAAAAAGCUUUCAUCAUAAUAUAUAACAUAAGCGAACUUUGAAGUGUCUAAGAAAAAGUUUUGAAAAGCUUUUGAUGCAGAAAGCUUAAAAGAACUUUUCUCCCCUAUCUCUUCCUCUCUCUUUAUUACUCCUUACUCUUAUUUGUAAAAGCUGAACCUCCCACUAUCUUCAAAAUCCCUUCUUAUUCUUAUUUUUGUUUUUGUCUCUGGGUCUUGUUUCAUCAAAUCAAUCUCUACAAUCCAAAUACAAUAAAGUCAAAAAGAAAGAGAGAAAGAAAAGAAGCGACUGAUGAAAACAGAUCAAGGAGCAGUGGUGAUGUUGGAUGAUGCUGCUUCCAAGAAGAACACUACUAACACACGUUGUGUGGUUUUUUCUUCUUCUGAUAUUUUACUCCCUUCUUCAGAAAAUGGGGUCACCACCACAAAGACAUCCACCCAAAAGAGGAAAAGAAGACCUGCAGGAACACCAGAUCCAGAUGCAGAAGUUGUGUCACUAUCACCAAGAACUCUUCUUGAAUCAGACAGAUACAUAUGUGAAAUCUGUAACCAAGGGGUUCAAAGAGAUCAAAAUCUCCAGAUGCAUCGAAGACGUCACAAGGUUCCAUGGAAGCUUCUGAGGAGAGACAACAACAUAGAGGUGAAGAAACGAGUCUAUGUUUGCCCUGAACCCACUUGUCUUCACCAUGAUCCUUGUCAUGCUCUUGGAGAUCUUGUCGGGAUAAAAAAACAUUUCAGACGAAAACACAGCAACCAUAAGCAAUGGGUUUGUGAGAAAUGCUCUAAAGGUUAUGCUGUUCAAUCAGAUUACAAAGCUCAUCUCAAAACUUGUGGCACUAGAGGCCAUUCUUGUGACUGUGGUCGCGUCUUCUCCAGGGUGGAGAGUUUUAUUGAACAUCAAGAUAACUGUUCCGUACGGAAUGUUCACCAUGAACCGCCGCCACCGCCACAAACCGCCGCCAUUAUCACGGCCUGCUCCUCUAGAACCGCCUCAACUGCAAGCACUCCAUCUAGCGAAACGAAUUACGGUGGUGCGGUUACGGCUGCGACUCCUCUACCUCUAGAAGGACGUCCAAUUCAUAUCAGAAGCUCAUCUUUAACGCCUUUAGUUCUCAACAACUCAUCAAAUCUCAACCUCGAACUUCAGCUCCUUCCAUUGACGCCAAAUCUAAACCCUAAUCAAGAAUACCAACAACACAAAGUUAAAGAACCAUCUCUUCAUCAUCAUCAUCAUAAUCAUGAUACCACAAACUUAAACCUCUCCAUUGCUCCAUCAUCAUCAUCAUAUCAUCAUUACAACAACUUUGAUCGCAUAAAAGAACUAAUGGCGAGUGAACAGAUCAUGAAGGAGAAAGCUUAUGCGGAGGAAGCUAAAAGAGAAGCAAAGAUACAACGAGAGAUAGCGGAAAAUGAGUUUGCGAAUGCGAAGAAGAUAAGGCAGCAAGCACAAACUGAGCUUAAGAGAGCUAAGCUUUUAAAGGAACAAUCUAUGAAGAAGAUAAGCUCAACGAUUAUGCAAGUUACUUGUCAAACUUGUAAAGGACAGUUUCAAGCGACGGAAGAGACAUCUCUUGUGGUGAGUUACAUGUCGUCAGCGAAUACGGACGGAGAGGGAUCAUAGAGUUUGAAAAGGGUUUUUAUAUAUCGAAACUAAGAAAAACUAAACAUUUUAUCUGAUAUUUUUGUUUAUUAAAUUACGUGGUUUUCCUAGUAUUCCUCUUACCAUAUUUUUACGUGAUGGUUAAACAUUGUAAUCGCUACAAAAUAAAAAUUCCAUGUCUCAUAGAACCG